UCCACGCCCAGGUAUUGCAGUGGAUGUGUUGAUUUGUUCGAAUUAGUUAAAUUUGGGACCGAUUAUCCUUUUUCUUAGCGAAACCCAAGUGCCUUUUUCGCCGCGAUGUCUUCAACGGUGGAAAAAAAUGAAUACCCGAAAGCGUCAAAUGCGCUGGUGCUCGGAGCGGUCCUUUCAUACGUUGCGGCCGUAUUUCUGUUGAUGAGCUUUUGCUCUCCGUACUGGAUCGUGUCGUAUCCGGAGUCGUUCAGCAGCUUCAAGAAUAUGGGGCUGUGGGAGUACUGCUUCCGCGAUUUCACUUAUCCGUACUACCAGUUUCCGAAGCAGUUCAACGGAUGCCAUCACAUAUUUAGCGAGGAAUAUUAUGUGAUUAGGGAGUAUCUGCUGCCGGGAUGGCUUAUGGUGGUGCAAGGAUUCAUGACGAUUUCCUUCCUGUUCACCUUCGGCUCGUUGAUCAUUAUGGCCUGUGAGAUUGUUAGGUGGCCACUGAAGUUUGUGCUGCGUUACGAAUGGCUGCUAAGUAGCGUCUCUUUUGCCGGAAUCGCUUCAUCUUCUUUCUUCAUGUUCUUAGCCGUGGCCAUCUUCGGGGGCAACGCGUACAGACGCGAUUGGCUGAUGUACCCGAAGUUCAACGUGCUUUCGUGGUCGUAUGAGCUGGCGGUGGUUUCGUUCAUGAUUCUUGGGCUCGCUGCACUGCUGCUGUACAAGGAAUCGCGCAAAUCGUACGAAAUGCGCCGCGAGGCCAAGAAUCUGGUAAUGCAGAUGCAAAUGCACGAACCCGGGUAUCACCCAUCUCAUCACACCAGCCGAAGCCUGCACAGCGGGGGUUACAUAUAAGCUACAACGACCAACAGCAAGCUUCCGGUCCCAGAAACCAACAACGAGGAUGAAUUGUCCUGUAUUCUACCUCUCCGAUAACCUCACAAAGCUUAUGGAGAAUCUCUAUCAUAUCAUCGUAUACAUGACGCUUAUACCGCGUUACACAACAGCACUGCAUAAUCAAUUGGACUUAAAUGUGACAGGAUAAUUUACAUUUCCUUUAAAAAAAAACGUAACUAUACACACAUCUUCGAUCAGCGUGGCCUUAUUGAAACUACAUAAGUCGGUUCGUUUGAACCC